AUGCGGAUAACGGGUACGACUGAUGACGGUACGGUCGAUGUUGAUGAAGAAUUCGAGAAGGUUCCUGCCACUUCGAUUCUUCCUUCGACAGAUGUGGAUGGAAAGGGAGCAACGAAUCUUGACCGUGCAGCUGCGACUGCUGGUACUAGCGGUACAGCGUCAGCUUCUAACGCGGAUAUUAUGGCUGCCAAAGUGACAACAUUCGUCAGAACUAGCACUAAGGACAUCAGCUCUCCACCACGUCAGCAUCUCAACGCAUCUGACGGUGUCGGUUCGUCCCGUCAUCCAUCUGGUUCCCUUGCAUUCGCCACCGCUCCUCUUACCGCAGACAAACCUCUUCGAGAUGUUGACCAGAAGCUAAUAUCGCGUUCAAACGCUCCGCCUGCUGACAUCUCGGCGCCUCCGCCUGCAGUAGCGGCGGGGAAGGGGGACGCGGGAGAGUCCGCGGAAGGGGAGAGGGAGGCGGAAGAUCUGGCGGAAAGGGAAGGGGAGGCGGAGGAAGAGGUGAAGGAGAAGGCGGAAGUGGGUGUUCGGAUGGGGAAGGAGGAAGCGGGGGGUUCUGCUGAAGGGAAAGAAAAGGCGGAGGAGAUGGAGGAAGUGAAGGAGGGGCGAGGGGGGAUGAAGGAAGAGGGAGUUGUGAAGGGAGAGCGCGCGGGGGACAGUCGCAUCGAAACCGACGGUGUGUUUGGUGGUGAUGCACGAGGCCAAGUAAAGAGCAGGGAGGUGGAAACGGUUACCGCCAAAGGGGAGGGUCAGAUAGCACUCCCAGCGGACGCAGUCGUGUGCGUUGACCCGCCUGCACCCGAUUCAACUCAGAAGCCAGUGCCGCUGGUUGCUGUCGUUUGCGUUGAGCCGCCGCUCGCUCUCGCACGAGGACCGAUCUCCCCUGCUCUGCCCGUUGCCCCGUCUCCUUCUGCCGUGCUGCCGAUUGAUCCGUCUGCUGUGACCGUCGUGUCUAUAGACGCUGAUUUGUCCCAGCAGCCGCUGCUGCCGCCGCCACUGGCAGUGGUUGAAGUGGUUUCAAGUAAGGCUGACGGAAUAGGUUCGGCUGCUGCUGUGCUUCCUGCAAGCAAGGCUCUAUUGUCUACCAGUGGGAUCAUUAGUGUUGUGCGCGCGGGCAAGGAGGAGGAUGGGAAGCAGGAGGAGGUGGUGAAGGAGGAGGAGAAACGGGGGGCGGACGAAAAGAGGUUGGGGAAGGAGCAGGCAGCGAAGAGGGAGGUGGAGCGGAGUAGGGUUGUGGAGCAUGGAAAAGUGGUGGGUGAAAGUGAGCACAAGGGGGUGGUUUCUGUAGUGGAGAAGAGUGAAGAGGGGCAAGAGGGGGCUAAAAAGCGGGUUCAAAAGGAGCAUGGUCCACCAGAUGUGAGAGAGGGAGCUUUUUGUUGGGAGAAUGCUGACAGGGGGGAGGGGCAGAAGGAGCCGGGGGAUGAGGAGGAGGAGGAGAAGAAGAAGGAGAAGCACACGGAGGAGGAAAAGGAAAAGAAAGGGGUAGAUGGGAGCGAUGGCAAGGGAGCGUUGGUAGGGUGUUUUAGUGAAGGGGAGGAGACGCUUGACUUGACUCGACAGGGUGGUGAGAAGGUGGAGGAGAAGAGUGAAGAAGGAAUUGACGACGAGAGGAUGCAGGCCGGGCGUAGGAAGGGAAGGGAAGAGAGAGGUGAGAAGACCGAGGAGAGCAAGAGGACAGCUGGGGGUGAUGGGAGUGGUGAGAUUGAGGAGGGAAUUGAGGAAGACAAGAGAGGUGUGGGCGGAGAGAGAGACAUGGCGAAGGGGAAAGGCACAGAGGGUGACAAAGGGAUGGGGGACAAGAGUAUGGAGGCUGACAGUCAGAAGGAGGUGGUGGGUGAAGUGGAGGGGGUACGAGAUGAAUCUGCGAGUGGUGAGGCAGGAGGACUGGGGAAAGAGGAGAGCGGCUUGGGGAAAGAGGACGGUGCUGCUAGCGACGCUGAAGGGAUGGAGCACAGGAGGGAGCAGAGGAGAAAGCAGAGACGGGAACACAGGAGGCACACACGGAAGCAGGAGCAGAAGGAAGAGCAGACGGGAGAUCAGAAGGAAGAGCAGAAGGGAGUACAGACAGCAGAGGAGACGGCAGAUGAAACUAGGCGUGUUGCUGCUGCAAGCAGUGAUUCUGGGGAUGAUAGUGAAUCCAGUGCUAGUGACAGUAGCGACGAUGAUACUACUGAUGUUUUGCAACUUGGGGGUACUGGUAACCCGGUUACUAGUGCCUUGGUUGCUGUCUCUGCUGCAGAGUCAGUAGCAGCUGCAGCAGCAGAAGCAGCGGCAGCAGCGGCAGCAGACGCUGCUGCAAUCCUGGGGCCUGUUAGAUUCGCCACAGCCGUAGACGCCGCUGCUACAGCCGCCGCUGCAGCCGGCGCUACAGCCAGUGCUACAGCCAUGGCAAGAGCCGCUGCUACAGCCGGCAGCGAGUGGCAGUGGGGCAUGCCUGCCGCCCUGCCCCAGCACCUACCGGCUCAGUUCCAGAAGCAACAGCUGGAGGAGUUCUGCAGGCACGCAGCAGAACAGGAGGAGAAUCCCUGGGUUCCUGCUACAGCUGCUGGGGCAGCUGGGGUCGCUGGGGCUGCUGGGGUUGCUGGGGUUGCUGGGGUUGCUGGGGUUGCUGGGGUUGCUGGGGUUUCUGCGGCUGCUGGGCUUGCGGGUAAGGAGAGACCGUCUGGGAUGGAGCUAGCAAUAGUGCCUAUGGAAACAGGCUAUGAAGGGAAUAUUGGCUACGAGGGGGAUACUGACUAUGAGGGGAAUGAGUUGCAUGAGCAUGAGCGCGCGCUAGUUGCUGCAGGAGGAGUGUAUGGGGCGGGUGAGGAGCAUAGAAUAGGGAGUGGGGUUGUUGGGUACCCGGGCGUGUCUCGGAACGGGAGGAAAUGGUCCGCUAAGGUAUCCAUGAACUCCCAACAGAGGGCCCGGUACGGGGUGUGCCAGAACAUGCACUGCGGGCAGUGGGAGGAGGUGGAGCAGGCAGCAGCCGCGGCCGAAGCAGCGUGUUUCGUGUUCAAGGGAGGAAAAGGGCGGACGUGGAAGUUUUUGAGUGAGCAGCAAAGGCAGGUGUUAGGGGAGAUGGAUCCGGAUGAAGGGAUGUGGUUGAUCAAGGCGAAGAGGUGGAGGGAGUGGAAUGUAUGGCAGCCCGGGAGGACUGGGUGGGUGAAGGGGAUGGGGCUGGCGGAGGGUGCGGAUGGGCAUGGGGUGGGGGGCGCGCAGCAGGAGGGGCAGGGGGAGGGAGAGGGGAAUGAGGGGCUUGGGGUCGGGCAGGAGGCACAUGAGGCGCAUGAGGGGCAGGAUGGGCAGGGAGACGGAGAGGGGAUGGAGGGUGAACCGAUGCUGCUGGAGUGGCAUGAGGGGUGGGAGGGGAGGCAUGGGGAUGGGCAGAGGGACGAGGAGAGUGAGCAAGAGAGGGAACAACAAAGGGAGAAGGAGAAGGAGCGGGAGAGGGAGGGGAGGGAGAAGGAGAGGGAGAGGAAGAGAGAGAGGGAAAGGGAGAGCGAAAGUGAGAUGGAGAAGGAGAGGGCGAAGGAGAGGGAGAAAGAGGAGAAAGUGCGGGAGAAAGAGAGGGAGAAAGAGAGGGAGAAAGAGAGGGAGAAAGAGAGGGAGAAAGAGAGGGAGAAAGAGAGGGAGAAAGAGAGGGAGAAAGAGAGGGAGCAGCAAGAGAAGUACAGACACGAGCAGGAAGACGAAGGGCAGAAGGGCAAGGAGCGAGAGCAGGAUACGAUUCGGGAGAAAGUGGAAAAGGAGGAACAAGAACCGCGGGGAUUGAAACUCGACCUGAACGCCCAACAGCCCCUGCAGUUUUACUCCGAACCUCCUCCCACCCCGUCCCUUCCUGCUCCACCUCUUUCCACUCCUCCUUUUCCUCCUCCAGUGGUUCCAUCCCCCCUUGUCGCAGCACCCCCCGCAUCCCAUCCAGUGCCUUUUCCCUCUUUUGUGGGAUCACAACAAGGCACACCCACGCUGCAGCAUCAUCAACCAGUGGCGUCGAUCCGAGAGCUGCUGGCCAUGCCCCGCCCCUUCUCUAUUCCCCCCCCUCCUGCUGCUGCCGCUGCUCCGCGAGCGAGCUACUCUGUGGGACACAUUCUCAACUGCGGGGUCUGGGACGACGUGGGGGAGGCUGCAAUCGCUGCAGAGGCGGCUUAUCUAGUGCUGAAAGGGGAGAAGAUUGAGUUUAGGCUGCUGAGUGAGGAGCAGAAGAGGAGGCUGAGACAGAUGGGCCCGGAUGAGGCUGUGAGGAUUAUUAAAGAGAGGAGGUGGAAGGUGUGGAGGGACUGGCGGCCGGGGAAGGAGGGGGAUGGGACGGGAUGGUUUGUGGAGGGAGGGGAGGAGAGAGAGGGGGGAUGGAAGGUGGGGAUGGGAGAAGGGAGGGGAGAGAGGGGCCGGGAGGAGGAGGAGGAGGAAGGGUGGGAAAGGCAGGCACCAGCAACAGCAGCAGCAACAGCAGCAGCAGCACCAGCAACAGCAGCAGCAACAGCAGCAGCAGCAGCACCAGCAACAGCAGCAGCAGCAGCAGCAACAGCAGCAGCAGCAGCAGCAGCAGCAGCAGCAAGAGAGGACAGGGCCCUCCCAGAGUCAGGUACAGGAAGGGAGAAGCAGCACGGGCAGAAGCAGCAUGGUCAGAACGAGUUUGCUUCCUCCCUGUCUCUCUCCUUGAACGCUUCUCCUCCCAGCGACCAUUUGAGAGGCUCUGGGAGGAUAGCAAAGAGAGAGGAGGAGGAGGAAGAGAUUGGGAUGGUCUCAGGCAUGGGGAAUGAGUAUCACAGACGGGAGAAGCAGAAGGGGCACGGGAGGGGGCGUCACGAGGGGGAGCAAGAGCAUGGGCAUGAUGGCGAACCGGAGUUGAAGAGGGCUCGACGCACGCAUAGCGAUGAAGAUGCGGCAAGCAGGGAGAAUGAGGAUAGCGAUGCUGUCACACAGCGUGACAGAGCACAGCAUGGGAGGGAGGCGCAUUAUCCCGAUUCGUCGCAAGCUCUCGUUCUGAUUGGCUCUCCGGCGCACCGACUGAGCACGCCGGAGCAGCAAAGCUCAGCGCUGAGUCACCGUGAGUCAGUGCCGGGCCGUGCUGACUCGGCGCCAGGUCAGCACGGGGUAGGGCCAGGUCAUUCCUCCCUGCCACAACCCCCGGGGGAGGGCUACGCGUCUGGUUACUUUGGCGUGUUUCGUAACGCGAAACUUUCAAUGAACGCCGACCAGAGGCAGAGGUAUGCCGUGGGAAAGAGCAUCCACUGCGGGCAGUAUGAGGAAGUUUUGGAGGCGGCGGCGGCAGCUGAAGCGGCGAAUUUCGUGUUCAAGGGAGGGAAGGGGCGGACGUUUAAGUUUCUGACGGAGCAGCAGAGGGAGGUUCUGGCUUUAAUGGACCCAGAUGAGGCUAUGGUGAUGAUCAAGAAUAAGACCUGGAAGGACUGGAAGGACUGGCAGCCGGGCGGAGUUGUGGUGGGGGGAGCGGUGGAGGGAGGGGGGAGCGGGGGAGGGGGAGUUGGGGGAGGAGUGGGAGGGGCGGAGGUGGGGGGAGGAGGGGGUGGGAUGGUGCCUGGGGUGGGGGAGAUGGGGAGUGGAGCAGGGGGGGAAGCACCGGGGGGAGUGGGAGCAGGGGGUGGUGGAGCAGGAGGGUUUGGAGGAGUAGGUUCGGGAGCAGGUUCGGGAGUAGGAGGGGUGGGAGGAGCAGCAACAGGGGGAUUUCCAAGUGGGUUUGUGCAUGGAAGGAUGGUGGUGGGUGGUGGGAUUCACGAGGAGAGAAUACAGCCGGGGAGCAUUCCCAUGCAGCCGGGAAGCGUUGCCAUGCAAUCCGAAAACAUUGCCAUGCAAUCCGGAAACAUUGCCAUGCAACAGGGUACUGGUGGGAAUUUUCUUGCUUACCCGCCGGGAGGGGUUGUGACGAAUGCACAGGCAAAGUCCUCCCGCUCAUCGGGGUACUUUGGAGUGGUUCGGGUCGGUUCCAAGUGGUCCGUGAAUCUCUUUCUCAGCCAGGCACAGCAGACCAAGUAUGGUAUCAGAGCAUCAGCUCUCAACUGCGGGUCCUGGGAGGAAGGGGAGCUUCUAGAAGCGGCCGCAGCAGCCGAGGCGGCGUAUCUGGUACUUAAGGGGGAGAGGGGUAUAGAGUUUAAGAUGCUGAGGGAAGGGGAGAAGGAGAUGUUGAGGCGGAUGGGGUGGGAGGACGCUGUGGGGAUGAUUAAGGGGAAGAUGUGGCAUUGGUGGCGGGAAGAUGUUUACCACGACAAGACCCCGGUUGUUACAAAGAAAAAGCAGGCGAAUUCGUCUGGUUACAUAGGCGUUACAAACAACUACAAUGCGUGGGCCGUGCGCGUGCCGUUGAAUGCGCAGCGAAGCGCCUUAUACGGGGUAUGCAAGAAACUGCACUGCGGGCAGUGGGAUGAUCUGGAAGCAGCAGGAGCAGCAGCAGAAGCCGCUUAUUUCGUGCUCAUAGGGGAGAAAGAGAUUCAAGAGAGGGGGAUUAAGCUGCGACUUUUAACUGAGAGGCAGAAGGAGACGCUUAGGCAGAUGGAUCCGUUUGAAGCUGUGAGAAUGAUCAAGGAAAAGAAAUGGAAGGAUUGGAUGAAAUGGGCUCUGGAGGGAGUGGCGGGUGCUGCUGUGGGUUGCUCAGAUGGAAGAGAUGUGCCGCGAGGCAAUAAUAAUAAGCUUGUGGGCGGCAGUGAAGUGGUUGUUGAGUCGGCGGGAAAGGCGACUCGGCUUGUGGGUGGCAGCAAUGCGGUGCUGCAGCAGAGGCUAAGCCUCCACGUGGCAGCUCCUGGUUGGCCGAUCUCUCCACCAAUGGACGCGAGCCACCUGAAAUGGCUGCAGGGAAUGGCUCUGGUGGUGGCCGUGGCUUUAAUCUGGAUAUCCGCGAGUUACAUAGUGCAGGCUGUAGAAGAAGGUGGUCUGGCGCCCUUUAUACUCACGUACAUCUGCAACUCGUUAUUCGUGCUGUACAUCCCCGUUGUAGAGCUCUGGUGGUACCUCUUCGGAAAGGACGAGCCUGGAAGUGGUGCUUCCUUCUCCAAUAGUGGCACGGGCAGCAGAAAGGGCGAUUCAAAAGGUCGUUCUGGUUGGAAAAUCAGUGGCAAGAACGAUGACAGUGGUGGUAACUCUGUAACCAGUAUCAGUAUGAGGGAGAAGAAGAAAAAGGGGGACGGGACUGGAGAUGAGGAAGAAAGAGGGUUGUUGUUAGAAGGGGAGAAGGCGAGGGCAUUGGGAGGCAUUGAAGAGGAGGGAAAGGGAACGGGCGUUGAUGAAGGGAUGCUGGGGUCAAUGCACGAGCGAAGGGAGGAGGGGAACGAUAGGGGAUUCACCUUCAACCUCUCCCUCGCCUACACCAGCGUCACGUCCAACACCAUUCUCAGCUGCACGUCAAGCCUCUUCACCUUUGCUCUCUCCGUCUAUCUCCUUCACGAGCGCUUCUGCCUUCGCAAGCUGCUCUCAGUGCUGCUCUGUGUGGCCGGCACUGUCGUUGUCGCCCUGGCAGACCAAGCCCAGGCCAGCAACACGCUAAACGCCGCUCUUAGCAACCUAAGCGCCAGCGGCGGUUUCAACAGCAGCAGUAGCAGUGGCGCAGGGCUAAGUGGCAGCGGGAAUAGCACAGGUUUCGGCGCCGGUGUUGGUGGUGGGAGUGCGUUUGAUGCUGCUGCGGUGGCAGAGGCGAGUGCAGCAGUGGCGAGUAACGCAAGGGAGAGUCUGUUUGGGGAUGUGCUGGUUCUCAUGUCAGCAGGGUUCUACGCUCUCUAUACCACCAUGUUACGGGAGGAGGAGGAGGAGGUACCGUUCAGCAUGGCGCUCAUGUUUGGGUAUCUGGGUCUCUUCAACCUCUUCCUGCUGGCGCCCGUGGGACUGCUGGUGCAGUGGGUGCGAGGGCAGUGGUUCGCCUGGCCCGAUGCAUCCCAGUGGGGUCUGGUUAUUGCCAAAGGUCUGCUGGACAAUGUCUUGAGUGACUACCUGUGGGCGCGCGCCGUCCUUCUCACCACCCCCACCGCCGCUACAGCCGGGCUGCAGAUUCAAAUCCCCAUUGCCCUCACUGUAGACAGCUGGAGAGCAAACAGCCUCCCAGACACUGUUCACAUGGUCGGGGCGGCGUUGGUUGUCCUGGGGUUCCUGGGGAUCAAUUCUUUUGUGACGUUUGAUUGGCUGGGAGAUGUGGGUGCUGCCGAGAGGUGGCUUUUGGAUCGGUGUGUAAAGCGGUGGGAGUAG